AAAAAAAUAGAAAUCAUCGUUGAUGUUCUAUCUCUCUCUAUUCUUCUACAGUUUGUGAAAUGUACUUCAAUUUACUAAACACAAUAUAAAUAUACAUUCUUAAACUCUGUAAUUUUAAUAUUUUUUCCUUUAUUUCGUUUUUUAUAUUAAAAUUAAUAAUGGCUAAAAACACGUCAAGUUCGGCUUUCCGAAAAAUAGAUAUUGAUCAGUACAACGAAGACAACUUUAGAGAAGAAGAAGCUGAACAAUCUGUGCCAACCGGUCCUGACGAAGGCGAAGUCUCGACUUUACUUAAUCAAGGACGAUGCAUUGAAGCUCUUCAACUAGUACUUAGUAAUGCUCCAAUGGGAUCUUCAAAUCAACAAGUUAAGGAUGGUGCAUUAGCCUUAACUCUGAAAGUGCUACUGGCUAUCAAAUCCGCUCAAAUAGAAGAAGCUGUUGGUAACCUGUCCAGGGAUGAUGUUGAUAUUCUUAUGAAAUACAUAUAUAGGGGCUUUGAGUGUCCGUCGGAAGGUUCUAGUGGACAUUUGUUACUUUGGCAUGAGAAAGCCUACAAUAUUGGAGGCUCCGGUUCUAUAGUAAGAGUUCUAUCUGAUAGAAUGAAAGUUUAAUUUUAGCCCAGUCAGAACUUGUUUAUAUUUAUGUUUGUUUCUAUUCAAAUACUUAUAAAAUAAUAAAUCAAUAUACCACUUUUUUUUAUUUUAUUACAUGAUAAAUGUAAUAAGUGAAUGAACGAAUUUUUAUAUGUAAUAAGUGUCUAUUUUCCAUUCAUCUCUGUUCACAGUGUUAUUUUUAUUCACCUCGUUUCUUAUCACAUCUCCUUUCACAUUCCAUCUCUUUUUCAGCCAUCCUCUCCCCUUAUAACUAUCCACAAGGAUAUAUUCU